AAACCAACAAAAACCCGGGCGCAAGAAAAGAAUAAUCUAAAAAUCACCAUUUAAAUGGCAGAUACAAGUCAGGAGGACAGAUGAAACCCUGAUGUAACUUGGGAAGUUCAGUUUCCUUGCAAUGCAAAGCAAAGGGGGUUUUCCACUAUUUCUCUCUGCCCCGCGGACAGAGGAUGUCUCUUUGCUUUCACUUUAUGGCUGUAAAAUAAAAAGCAGCUGCAUUUCUGCCAGCCCAUAGCAGCUGCGCCUCGGCUGUCCGGGGAUGCCGUGGUGUGGACAGUCCCUGCUGCAGCCCAUGGGCAAACCACGGCCAUCCACAGCCCCGGCGGCACCGGGAUUCCCCAGAUCUGGGGGCAGCUUGCAGGGACACAUGCAGCAGGGUACAGCCGCAAGAGCUGGGGGAAACACCUCCUGCUCGAUGCAGAAAGGCUUUAAACGGCACAAAUGUGGCUUUUGUGAAGCCGAUGAUGCCCUAGGCCGCGGCGGGGCCGGGCUGGCCGGGCACAGAGCGCCCUCUGCGGGGAGAGCCGCGCUGUGCAGGAGGGCCAGCCCGCCCUGGCACACUCCCGACGGGGGGCUCCAUCGCACGGGGGGCUCCUUGCCAAAGGAAGGAGCGGUACGUCUGUCUGUCUGUCUGCGUGGGAGCUCACCCUUGUUUUUUUGGGGUUUUUUUUGGUUUUUUUUUCUUUAACUGCCAUUCCAGUCCGUGGCUCAUCAUGGACCUGCCACAUGACCCCGGCCGUGCUCUGCCGCCUUCCCCACACACCUUCUCGCUUGAAAGACCCGCAGCACCACAGAGGCACGACCCGUGGGCAGCACUGGCGUGCCCCGUCCCGGAGCCAUCGCUCCCCUCGGCUCCGUUCCCUCCGCAGCGCCUCACUCGGUGCCGAAAGCAGCGGGGAAUGCGGGAUCGGGGCCAGGGACAUCUCUGCCCACAUGGCUCUGCAGGACCCGGAGCACAGGGGCGAUGCGGGGCCUGUUCCUCACAGCGCUGUCAUCUGGCAUGGCACAGACACCGAACAAAAAGGCGGAUUCUGCCUCAAUCUCACGCUGUAAAGGCAGGCGGGAGGCACCUGCUGCGCCUCGGGCUGUUUCCCUGCCCCGCGCCGCUGCCCAAACAGUACUUUAACCCAGCUCUGGCUGGGUGUGUUAAAUAAACACAGGAGGUUCCCCAGCACCCUUCCCUCGGGUCCCGCUCACCAGCACUCGGCACCCAGCACACCCCAGAAAUGCGCUUCCUCCCCCGCCUCGGCCUCUCGGCCGCCCUGGCCGUGGCCGCCCUCCUCAGCUGGCAGCUGCUCCGGACCCCGGCCCGCGGAGGUGACCUGGCCCUCAAGGCAGAGGAGGGCUUCACUUUGACACUGGACACCUUUCUUCAUGUCCAGCAGCUCAGGAAGAGGAGACUGAAAGCUUUCUGCCACCGAGCAGGCAAAUCCACCACGCUGCCAAACAGCCAGGGUGAGAAAGCCUCCCUGCUCCCGAGUCUGAGGGUGAACACCAGGCUGGACCUCCUGUACUGCCAAGUGCCAUCCACAGGGGUGGAGGAAUUGCAUCAGCUUUUGGAGAAGCUAGAGGAGAAAAAUGUGACGCUGCCAGUGCCGCUCCCCUACCGCCGGCUGCACACUAGGGAGACACGACUGAGCGAGUUCAACCACACGGAGGUAAAGGCCAUGCUGGGCUCUUACACCAAAGUGCUCUUUGUCAGGGACCCUUUCCACAGGCUGAUCGCCACCUUCCUGCAAGGCAUGGCCAUCAGCCCGUCCUUCAGCAGCUUCGUCCAGGAGGUCCUAGACAGUGGGAUGCACAACGGCAGCGUGCCCUGGAAGCCACUGGUCAGCCUGUGCCGGCCCUGCCUCGUGCACUACGACUACGUGGUGAUGUUUGGCUUCCUCGGGCAGGAGCUGGGCCACCUGCUGCGCCGGGCCGGGCUGCCUGCGGGCGGCCUCCUCCCCGAGCUCACCGACAGCCAGGUGCAGUGGACCUACAGGUGGUUGUCAGAGCAGCUGUUCAGCGAGCUGUCUGCCCUGCAGAAGCAGCAGCUCGCUCAUUUCUACCGCUGGGACCUUGCUGCUUUCCCAUUUCCCAGCAGUUUCCUGUCACACCACCCCAGCACCGCAGAGACCUGGGAGAAAUAGCCCGCACAGAGGAACUGUUUCAGGGAGUGUUAAUCCAAAGGCAUGUGCUUCGAGAUACUGGCAGGCCUUUGCUUCCCAGCUCCUUGCGGUGAGGUUUUCUGUGUCACAGUCCAAAACACUUGUCAGAGAGCUGAGACAGACCACUGCCAGGGACGGGGGAUCAACAGAGUUAAAUCGUGUUUGAACACGACAAGAGCAGGAACUUGUGGCACUGGGCCUUGGAAAACUGCAUGAACUGAACUGUGAUGGGAUGAACCCAGCAGUUUGGGGUAGGGUGGGUUGGACCUGCUGCAAACCACAGCAGCAUCACACGUGCUGUACCCCCACUGACAUUUCCUUUUCUGGGCUCCGUGUUGGGCCAAGAGGUUUGGUAAGGAUUUCUUCAUGACACACAGAUGCAAGAAGUGCUCCCAAAGGAGCAUGUCACCUGGAGGCUGAGCUGUGACACAGGGUGGCACACCCUGCUGGGGAACCACUGGCAAUGUUCCCAACCUUUUCAUGCUCAGGGAGGGUCAAGCCUGGCCCGUCAUUUGGUCUCUUCUGUUCUGUUCUAUAACCUCACCUCCUAUGGGUGUGGGCUCAAGUACGUCCUAGGGAUGGGACCCAGUGCUUGCUCCAUUCACAGGUUUUGAGUUUGGCUCCCCUCCUUCCAGGGCUGACUCCAGUGGGCCAAGGCCAGCGUUCAGCUCGGUGCACUUGCACUGACAGGAGGAAGUGUCAAUGCAGACCAGGUACAGCCACAGCACCAGACAGUGCCUCCCACCUUGUGUCAGCAGCUGGUGGGCCCUGUGGAGGUGGCUAGAAGCGUCAGAAUGCAGCACUGUGCAGCUGUGGAAAACAGGAUGUGCCUACUACAAGCUCCUGCUAGCAGAGAAGCACAAGGACUGACUCUGCUUUCUUUUGGACUUGGCUGCUGGCGUGGCCAGACAGAGGCCCAGUCUCUCCCCCUGGCUCAUGGCUUCAUCCAGCUGGGCAGCACAGAGCAAGCAC